UAUUUGGAGGAUUUUGUUUGACACUUUUUUCUUCAGAAGAAUUUAUGAGGCUGUGGUGCUUUGCUGUUUCUUCAGCUCAGCCCAGCUUCACUCAAAAAUUGCUAUAUUUUGUGUCGUCUAUGUUUUUUUGCGUUUUGUUUGCUUUUCAGGUUCAACUCUCAUUCCAUUUUCACCUGCUCAAGUUUCUAUGCCUCACCUUAACGCUGGAAUGUUUGAGUAAACUUUAUUCUCGGGGAUUAGUUAUAUUUUGUGGGUGAACUGAAGGAGUGAAGAAGUUAUUGUUGUAAGAAUGGAUUCCUGUGGUUUUGAUAUUAUAUUGAUUUAAACCUCAAGUAGAUUUCUGGGAGAUGGUGACCGGAUAAUUGGUCUGCACAAUCUCAAAUUGGUUGAUAUCAUAACUUUUUAUGAUGCUCAAGCUCAAAAUAAGAAUAUGCUGGAGUUUCAACAGACGGUUGUAAACAGAUACCUGAUGAUAAACGCUGACAGUUGUAUAUAGAUACAUGAUGAUAAAUGCUAAUUUGGGGUCUUCUAUUCGCAACAUACCUUGGGAGAAUGUCUUGUUACUGACUUUAUUUGGUUGGGUUGGUGAGGUGAUUACUAGAUGAAAAUGGAAGGUUCAUCUGACACUGGUUGGCGGAAGUCUGCUGGUUCAAGAGGAUUGGAAACUUCUGCAUCUUCCGAAAGAAAUUUGAGGCUCCUCCAGGCAAGUAGACGUAGCUUAUCAACUGAUGCAUCGCACAAUUCAGCAUUUGGCAGUUGGAGGAAGGCAUCGCACAAUUCAGCAUUUGACCAUCUCAGGAACCGGUUUGGUGCAUCUGGAGUUUCAGAGGAUGAGGUAGCAAUGGAUCCUGUAGUUCACAGCAUUGAAUGGGGUGAUGUCAGCUUGAGGCAGUGGCUGGACAAUCCAGAACGUAGUGUUGAUGUGAUUGAGUCUUUGCAUAUAUUUAGGCAGAUUGUUGAGAUUGUUAGCACUGCACAUUCUCAGGGAAUUGUGAUUAAUAAUGUACGGCCCUCCUGUUUUAUAAUGUCUUCCUUCAACCAUGUAUCCUUCAUUGAGUCUGCUUCUUGUUCAGACUCGGGAUCAGAUUCUUUGGAGGACGGCCAGGAUACUGAAACCAAACAACCAUCUUCAUCCUUGUGUAAUGAUCUGAUUGAGCAGAGAAGUGGGUCGGGUCAUAAAGUUAUACAAGAAGCCAGUGGCUCAAAGUCCCAGGCAAUAAAUCUAUCUUCCAUAGAGGAGAGAGGUUGGUGUGAAACCAAGGACAGUAGAAGCUGCAGAAAGGCUGGAGAAAAGCAGUGUUUCCCAAUGAAAGAACUUUUGCUAAUGGAGACAAGUUGGUAUACUAGCCCAGAGGAGAUUGCAGGUGCCCAAUGCUCCUGUGCUUCAGAUAUUUAUCGUUUAGGGGUUCUUCUAUUUGAGUUAUUUUGCACGUUUAGCUCCGUUGAAGAAAAAGGCGGAACAAUGUCUAGUUUACGGCAUCGAGUUCUUCCCCCACAACUUUUGCUGAAAUGCCCAAAAGAAGCUUCAUUUUGCUUAUGGUUGUUGCAUCCAGACCCUUGUAGUCGGCCAAAAAUGGGUGAGCUGCUGCAAAGUGAGUUCCUUAAUGAACCUAGGGUUGAUCUUAACGAACGUGAAGCUGCUAUAGAACUCAGGGAGAAGAUAGAGGAUCAUGAAUUGUUGCUCGAGUUCCUUGUGCUUAUGAGACAGGCCAAACAGGAUGCUGCUGGCAAGUUGCAGAAUACUGUUUCCUCUGUAACUUCUGAUAUUGAGGAAAUUGUAAGUAAACAAAAAAUUCUGAAAGAGAAAGGAUGCACUUUCUCGGGCCCAGAGAGGAUUCGGCAGUCAGCACCAGAUCUCUCUCCAGUUAAUACUGCUGAACAUGAAAGAGUGAGGAAUGUGGGUGGAUCGGAUGAUAACAGGCAAGGAACUCAAAUGCAUGACGUCGUGAAGUUUGGUUUUGAUCAAAGUGAAAGUCAUAAUCAGGAAAGUUUGCUUUCAAAGAAUUCGCGAUUGAUAAAAAACUUUAAGAAACUUGAGACGGCCUACCUUUCGACAAGACAUAGGCCAGCUAGGGUGUCAGGGAAGCCAGUGAGCGGCCAUUCUCAGCUUAGCAGCAAUAGUAGAGGAUCUGUAGUAUUAACUGAAAAAACUUCAAGUGUUUCAUUAUCAAAGGAGCAUAGGGCUGAUAGGUGCAAUAAUGGAGAAAGUGGGUGGAUUAGCCCCUUCCUUGAUGGUUUAUGCAAGUACCUGUCAUAUACUAAAUUGAAUGUUAAAGCAGACGUGAAGCAAGGGGAUCUCUUAAACUCUUCCAAUUUAGUAUGCUCUGUUGGUUUUGAUCGUGAUGGAGAAUUUUUUGCAACUGCUGGGGUAAAUAAGAAGAUCAAAAUAUUUGAGUGUGAUGCCAUCCUCAGCGGAGAUCGUGAUAUUCAUUAUCCUGUAACUGAAAUGGCUUGUCGUUCAAAGCUUAGCAGCAUUUGUUGGAAUAACUAUAUCAAAAGCCAGAUAGCAUCUAGUAAUUUUGAAGGUGUAGUGCAGGUAUGGGAUGCUGCAAGAAGCCAAGUGUUUUUGGAACUGAAAGAGCAUGAAAGGAGAGUUUGGUCAGUUGAUUUCUCAGCAGCAGAUCCAACACUAUUGGCAAGUGGAAGCGAUGACGGUUCAGUUAAGCUAUGGAGUAUCAAUCAGGGAGCAAGCAUCGGGACCAUCAAAACCAAAGCCAAUGUAUGCUGUGUUCAGUUUCCCAUGGAUUCUGGUCGCUCUCUUGCUUUUGGUUCAGCUGACCAUAAAAUAUACUACUAUGAUCUGCGCAAUCCUAAAGUACCUCUGUGCACAUUGAUCGGGCACAACAAAACAGUAAGCUACAUUAAGUUUGUAGAUUCCACCACUCUCGUAUCUGCUUCAACAGAUAGUACCCUCAAGCUUUGGGAUGUGUCAUCGUGUGCAUCUCGGGUGGUUGAGGGCCCUCUUCAGUCAUUUACUGGCCACACAAAUAUGAAGAACUUUGUAGGUCUGUCAGUAUCAGAUGGUUACGUUGCCACAGGUUCUGAAACAAACGAGGUGUUCAUUUAUCACAGAGCCUUUCCGAUGCCAGCUCUAUCAUACAAAUUCAGCAGUGUAGAUCCACUUUCAGGCAAUGAAACAGAUGACAGUGCACAGUUCAUCUCUUCUGUGUGUUGGCGUGGGCAUUCAUCUAUGCUGGUAGCUGCAAACUCCACUGGGGAUAUCAAGUUGAUGGAAAUGGUUUGACUUUUCACAACUGGCAAAGUAUACAUGUAUAGAAGGUUUGGAGUUACUCGUGCAGGGUUACUUUUCAAAUGAUUGGUAAGGGGAGAUUAACCAUAGCAAUUUUGGUAUUAGAUCAGAGCAGAUGUCAUGGGUGUGAAGACUUAUUAUACUAUUUGCUGUAAAUAAAAUUUUUAGGCACAAAGAAGGGUAAGAUCUCAUGUACAAGCCCUUGCAUAACCUCUCUUCUAUAGGUCACAUUUUUAUUUUAUCUCCAAAGUAGUCAUCCAAUUUAGUGAUUUUGUGAUGCUAAGCUUUCAUUUUGUUUCUAGAAAAGCCGUGCUGGAUACAGGCCGGAUUUUCAACAAUAAUUCUUCUGUUAUCAGGAACUUGAAGGAUUCAAUGAGUGAAAUAUUCAUGUACUGUAAUGUAUGAAACUAGGAUUUCAAUCUUAAACAACAAUUUCUUUGCA